GUAGCGAUGGCGUUUUAUGACCUGUGUUCUUUUCUGAGUAAAAAGUGGCGUUCUUGUUGGAUUUUCUAUGGGAGAUCGGUUCAUUAACGCGAGUCCUGUGAUCAACAUCGAAAAGGGUAUCAGAAUUAAGAUCGAUUGGCGGGAAAAGGCGAGAAGGGAAAGACGAAAAGGUUGUGAGUACAAGAGAUAUAUGAGCUCCCGCUCUCGUCGGCCGGCGAACGAAUUGGUCCCCGGCGGCAAAUCUAAUACAAAGAUAAACUGGCAAAAAUAAUUCGCUCGUGAAACCAGCGUGUACUGUAUGUGAUCAAUUUUGCAUUUUAUGAAGAAGUUCAUAACAAUGUCGGAAUUAGAGAAGAAAGAGAACUGUAUAAUAGACUGCAAUAAUAUUGAGUCAGAUAACUUGGAACAACGCAAUAGUAUGGCGAACAGCAGUACCAACUUAAACGAGAGUCAAGACUUUCAUCUGGUGGACUUUGACGAUGAUGCUAUUUCCGAUAAAGAGGAAAAGUCUCAAGAUGAAACAUGUUACGCUUCAACUGGUAUUGGUUAUAGUACAACUAAUGCAUCCGAUGGUGCAAAUGCAGAAUAUAAGCCAACUAGUACUGACAAAGACAAAGCUUUUGAAAAAGAGAAUGCAGAAAAUGUACAUCUGCUUGAGAUAACAAAGGAGGAGAAAGCAAAGAAUGACAAUAAUGUCUUACGUGGAAAGGAAAAUCUUCUCGACAAAGAAAAGAUUGAGGAGGAAGGCGAAGAGGAGGAAGACAUUAUACAGUGUACACCACCUGAAGAUUAUUCGCCAUCAAAAAAGCAGAUUGAGAGCAGUACAGAAGGGAUAACCAGUCUGAAACGUAAAGCAGAAUCCUUCGAUGAACCACCUAAAAAGAUUUUAAGAACCUCUUCAAACGAGGAUGUAACAAUACAUCAGGAGAAAGGAACGCAAGAGGAGAAAGAAAGUCAAUUUAUCAAGACCGACGACACUCAGCCAGACUUUUCGGACAAUUGCGUCGAUACUAGUUUGAUAAUCGCGGAAACUCAAGAUAUACCUGAGGAUGAGGUCUUAGAAAGCACGAUAGAGAAGCUCGUUAAUGAUAAAGAGCCAACCAAAGAUGCUUCUAAGACUCAUAUAGAAUCACAGGUAAAAGAAGUAGAUAAAAAUGAAAACUUUAAUGAUAUAUCGGUAUCAGACGAAGUUUGUACAAAUAAAGAAGUCGAGCAAAUAGAAACAGUUGAACAAGCUGAGAAAGUUUAUGAUGAGAAGAACGAAAUCAAUAUGCCGGAUCUGAAGAAAGAUGGUACAUUGUUUUCCAAGGCAACUGUAAUAGAAAAUGUAACGUUAGAUGAGAAUGUUAGAGCCGUAACAGAUUCGGAUCCUGCCAAGGAUUCAGGCAGUUGCACAGAAAAUGCUAAAGUAAUACAAGACGAAAAUACAGAUGAGAAAGAAAAUCGUCUUGAAUCCACAAGCCACGCUAGUUUAAAUGAAAAAUCUAAUGAAGUUGAAAAAAUAUUGGAUUCUAACAAAACAACUAUCGAACCUUGUCCCAAUGUAAAUUCUAGUAACACAACUAAAUCAAGAAUGAGCGUAGAAGUAAUAUAUGAUAGAACCGCGGUUCAGGAGAUCAAAACAAAGCACAAAGAGCUAGUAGAAAUCGACGAGGACGGAGAGAAGAUAGUAUUAGAUUCCUCGCAAGAAGAUUCUGAUUCGAAAACAGGCAGUAAGAAUACUUUGGACGAUACAAAGGCUGAAACGGUAUACAAAAGUUGCUACGAUUCUAAAAGCAGUAGCGAAUUCAGUUAUAAGUCUGCAGGGAUAGGCAAAGAAUCGUCACUCGAAUCAGUCAAGUCUAGUAAUAAACUCGUGAAUGGAAGCAGUGAAUCUAAAAGAUGCGACACAGACAGUACAGCCAGUUUACAGUCGGACACUUUUAGCGACAUGCCAGCCGUACUUGACAAAGUGGACAACAAUAUUUCCACGCCUGUGCAGAAUGUAAGUAGACAAAAUAAACCAAUCGCGUCUUUGAAAGAUUCGGACAACGCCGACCUCCUAUUGAGCGUAAGCGAUAAUGAAACCGAUGUCUAUCUAAUCGAUGACAAAAACAAAUCAAACCUAACUCACAGUAGUUCUAUAACGAAGGCUUUGCAAGUAGAAAAAGAAAUAAGCAUAUACGUUCGAAUGAAAUGUUUGUUGCAAGUCGACGAAGGCACAAAGGAGUUUCUGACCAAAGAGAUCACUGGUGUACAAUGCGAAGCUAUCACCGAGCCUACCUUGAUACGACAAAAAAAUAAUGAUACCUCUGCUUCUUUGGCAGACAUUUCUGGUAAUGAUAAUAAGGAUGUAUCCCCGGGAUCUAUAAAUAGUAAUCCACAGAUGUAUCCAUUGAAUCCUUCUAGACUUUCGUUCGCAUCGACCAUUAGUUCUUUGAGCUCUGUGUCGAGUGCUGCCUCGUUAGCGGCUAAGCUGGCAAUACGGGACAGUACGCAUUUCUCUUUACCAAGAGCACCCGUGAAACAUGUGAAGAAACAUAUUCCUGAUAUGCACUCGAUUAAUGACAAACAAGCCGUGGACGAGGCGUACGAACGUCUCAGCAAAGAGUGGCAAAAUAGCCGUCUCCUUACAACGAGCGUUUUAAAUUUCGUAAACGCUGAAUUCGCCAGUAUCGAUACAACGUAUAACGUGAGUAGUGAAAGGAUAGACGAUCAGUUACAAAAGAUCCGCUCCUCUACCCCGGAGGUAAAACAGAAUGUAAGCGAAGUGCAAACCCCGAAAAGCUCGAAAAAGGGCAAAACGGUUAAGAGGCCACGAAGCAAGAGCACGAAGAUGGAUAAUCAGUCGAAUGGAUUCAACAAGGUUUCAUCGAAAACUUUCAGCAAUCCCGCGGAGAAAGUCACAGAGAACAACGCGGAGAAUAAUGCAGAGAACACGCCGAGCAAGAAGAAAUUGAAAACUGAGCAUGCGGAUCACACUGCCUCGAGCACCGUAGACGCUUCGUCGAAACCAUCGUUGCCGACGGUAGUAGACGAUCUGAUCGGAAAGGACGUGUUUGCUAAAUGGUCCGACAAUAACUAUUAUCCUGGUACAGUUAUCGAUAAAGUGAAAACGAAGUAUAAAGUAAAUUUCUAUGAUGGAAAGAAUAAAGUACUUAUAGAAGAUUUUAUCAUAACGAUACCAAAAGUUUUGAAAGAAGGUUUAUCUGUCUAUGCUACCACUAGCAUCGACGAUUACGGAUCGUGUGGUAUAAUCGUAGAUGUUCACACUGUAAAUAACGAAGCAUGUUAUACAGUAGAAACGGAUGAAGGAGAAAAACUGAAAGUUCAAGUUAAGGAUAUCUUUUUGUCUUCUGAUCAAGCUCAAGUUUUGAAAGAAGAACAAAAUUCGGAAACUAAAAGUCUUCCAAUUACCCCCAAGCAUUUAGGGCAGGUAUCUUUGGACAAUAUGGUUGACGGUAAAAGGCGUUCCCGAAGAAUCGGGACUCCCGUAUUCUCAACGCCAAAGUCGAAAACAAUGCAGGUUUCAUCAUCAGCGAAACAUUUGAUAGCAGAACCAUCUGUAUCCGGUGUGGCAUCCACGAAGGAUAAGAAACUUGUCUCCGAGAGCGACGGAGUUUCCAGCGACUCGAACGUUUCAAUCAAAGAUGAGACAACUUAUAUGGGAGUACAGCCGGAGAUCAUUGGAACUCCCCACGAACAGAUCGUGAAAGGACCACAAAGUCGUAUCAAAAGCAAGCCACGGAGCAAAAAGAAGAUUGAUGAUGAACAAACAAUUAUUACUUUUGGUCCAAUACCGAGUAAAGAUUCAAAUCUGUUCAAAGGCAUGUCUUUUAUUUUGACCUGCGCACCGUUAGAAACUCUCGACCGAUAUCAAUCCGAUAUCAAAGAUUAUAGUUCAGAUCCAGGAACAGAAAACGAAGAAGAAUGGUCAAAGAAGCCCUUUGUCAGAGACAGAUUGAUUACACAGAUAUCAGCCGGUGGUGGGAAAAUUUAUACAGACUUCAACGAUAUUCCAGAAGAUGAAUAUUUAAGUACAAAACUAAUAACAAACGUGCCAAAUACAACUGCAAAGACUCUAUUAUGUCUUUCUGUUGGUAUACCCGCCUAUAAUCACAAUUGGAUCAUAAGGUGUUGUCAAGAGGGGAAGAUUGUAAAUCCAGCUGAGGAUGAACUACCUGCAGGAUGGAGUUUGGACAAGAAAUCUUACGUCGAAAUGUUUCAAAGACCCAGCAACAAACCACUGACAAAAGUCAUCGUAAUAAUUCCAAACAUAGAGUCUGAAAAAUUGUUUGUCACAUUUUGGCGGAAAAUUUGUGAGAAUGCGGGUGCUGUUGUUUUAUUGGCAGAUAAACCAGAUACAAUGGAAGGCUUCGCGGAAGGAACUGUAGUUCUCACAAACAGAUCAUGUCCGUCGUGGGCGGUAGGAAAAGCCAGCGAAUUACAAAUUCCCUUGCUUUCCACAACAUGGGUUGUUCAAAGUUUAAUAGAAGGGAAAUUCUGUCGAUAUGACACGCAACAUCGUUAUAAAUACAAUUACAUACAGAACUAGGUACAUUUAGUUAUCAGAUACAUACUUUUUAGUUCAAGGACAGAUGAGAACAGCCUGUCUUUGCAUAUUAUUAUAUACAUAUUAUCAAAUCUUUACUUUCACUGUAUUACUCUGAAUUACUUGUUUAAGCACUUAUGGAUUACAAAGUAACACUGGUACUUUACUUUAAGUAUUGUUUUGAUACUUGCCCACAAUAUUGGAAAUCCAUUUUUUUCGCGAGUGCCCAUUAAGAAUUAAGUUUUUUACAGUCGAGUAUGUUUUAACGAACGAAAUCUAUGUAAAGUUAAUAUUUAUGAGUAAAAUAUCGAAGCAUAUUUUAUAUGGUAAUAUUGUGUACGAUAUAUGGAUAUCCGAAUAUGCAAAGGUUUCUCUUACUAUGACUCGAUAAGCAGAAAUUAAGAACGUGCAUUACAUACGAUGUCGCUUAUCAUACAUAUAAUAGAGUUAUAGACGUUAGAAUUUUGUAACAUUUUGUAUAAAUCGAAAUCGAAUUUGAAAUCGGAGAUCAUUUUUAUAAGAAACUAAUUGUAAUUUUAGAGAAGAGAAGGUCUCAUGGUUCUUCAUCGUUUACUUAUGUCAAUUAAUUGUUAUUGUCUUUUCUAUUUUACGUUCCUACGAAUAUGCAUUUAUCAGUAAGAUCAGUAAGAUGUGAAAUACUAUUUCACAGAAUCUAUAAAUUUCUCCUUAGCAACUUUCCUUGCGCGAAAAAACUUGAACGUUAACAGAAUCUAAAUAAUUACGAUCAUUUACAUUAAUAAUGUAAAUAACACGGUACAUUGUUCUCUUUUACUUUUCGGCUUUUUUUCGUUUCAUGUUUUAUGUGGCAUAUUCGUAGCGUUCAGAUAAUAUAUUUACUUGUAUGGCAAUUGAUACAUUUUAAGGGCAAAUAUCCGACGAGAUAAGCUAAGCCUAUAACUGUAAUAGAAUCAUCGUCUGUGUCUAAAAAAUUGUGUGAAAGAUACAACUGUUCUCUCUUCUGAAUGUAAUGUAACUGACGGAUACUAGGAGAAAUCUUUUCGAUUCAUAUGGUAAUUGAAACUUAUGAGCGUUUAGUCGACAAUUUUGCUAUUCUUUAAUCAAACGACUACAUACGAGAAUACAUAGACCUCUAUACAACCUGUAUAUCAAAUUUGAUAUCGAAUGGCACACGUCCUGUAAAUAUUUUUUUACUUGGAAUUGUACGAGCAGGUUAUUAAAUCUACUCGCAUUACA